UAAUUUUUAAAAUCCAUGAAACCAACUGACCAAUACAAAUCCAUCCAGACAGACCGUUAUCUCCCACUACCCCCACCCGCAACUGACUCUCUUAACUGUGCAACUUCGCCUCUCUCCACGUCCCCUUAUUAAAGGCAUCCAAACCGCUCAUAAUCAAUUCAACACAAGCUCUUCAACCCACAAACUCCAUUUCCCUUUGCCUUCCCACUGUAUUUUCCUGCUUAGAGAAGGCGCAAAUGGCUUCUUCUCCCUUGAUGGGUUCCACCACAGUGCUUGUGCUUUUACUCACCAUCUUCUCUUCUCUCCAACGCUCCACCGUCUCCUCCUUUGAGUUCCAAGCGGGGGAGGUCAAGGGGUGGGUCGUCCCUCAUGCAAACGACAGCAAACUCUACAAUGACUGGGCCUCUGAGAACAGGUUCAAGGUCGGCGACUCCAUCCGCUUUAGGUACAAGAAAGAUUCAGUGAUGGUGGUGAGUGAGGCAGACUACAAGAAAUGCAAUUCCACGCACCCCAUCUUCUUCUCCAACACUGGCAACACAGUCUACCACUUGGACCACUCUGGAUCUUACUACUUCAUCAGUGGGGUGGCUGAACACUGCCAGAGAGGACAGAGGAUGAUCGUAAAAGUGAUGGCAUCAGAGGACCCAUCUAGUAGGGGUGGUGGCACUCCUCCUUCCAGUGCUCCAACUCUCUCACUUGGACCCUCUAAACUAGUGUUUUUCCAGUUUCUUUUAUCAUCUGUGGCUGCUUAUCUCUUCUAGUUUCACAGCAUAAUGUUUAGAAGUUUGUAUUGUUUGGUAUCUUUCAGACUCAAGUUCGGCAUUUAAGGCAGUGUUUCUGUAGUAAUCUGUCUGCCGAUAUUAGUGAUUUUUUUUUUUUUUUCAUAUUCUAUUAUUUAUGUGUUCACAGAUUGAAUGGAUUGAUUGUUGGAUUUGGUUUCUG